GCCAUUUUGACGCGACAUCGCUCAACGAACGCUUUCGCUCAAAACGAAACGGAAAAGAGACGCUUUAGUUGUAAAAUGUCGAGAAGGAUUCAUCCCGCAUUUCAGAGUAAAACAGUGGUAAAAUUGGAGUGUAAAUAUUGCGAGAGAAGCAUUUGUGCCCGCGGAAUGAGAGCACUUCUGCUGGCCGACACGAAAGUAGAGUUGUACUCGACGGACUUACCUCCUGAAAACUCCAUUCAGUUAAUAGGAACAGAUUACUCCACACAAAACUGUGAAUGUCGGAUCAAAGAUGUUGCCUGUCUCGGGUGUGGAAAUGUCGUUGGAUAUCAUGUAACACUUCCAUGCCAGUCUUGCAUUCGAUCCUGCAAUAACGGCCAUUUUUGGAUGUUUCACUCCAAUGCGGUUCAUCCCCUGGAAAGACUCGAUCAAACAGGAGUUCAGAUCAUGCUCUGGGGAUCUCUCCCUAACUGCAAAGAAGACCAGGAAAUGAGUGAUGACGACCUCAUGAUGGAGGAGUGCUUGAGAUGAAUUUAUAGAAAUUGAGUAUUUUAUAAAAUGUAACUAACAGAAAAGUAAUAUUUAUAUCUCAUAGGAGACAAAAUCAGUGUAAAUAUGGUUAUGUUGUAUAGUGACAGUGAUAUGCUUCAGUUGCACGAAUUCUUGCAGGGUGAUAUCAGUAAAGAGCAUUUUCAAUUGUUAUCUUGUAAGAUCCCUGUGCACAUUGCAAGAGCUGAUCUAGCAAUGAUUCAAACAUUUAUUUCUAAGAAUAGUGCUGUUACAAUUUGGCCACUAGACGUGAUCUGCUAUUCAUGAAAGUUCAUGUGAUUGUCCAUGUGACAUGAAAAUAUCACGACCGUAGGUCCAGGUCUAUCAGUUGUGUAAUUUGCCACAAUUUUAAAAAUUACCUACUACUUAUGGCAGGGUGACAGAUUUUGGAAAGGUAGCUUUUGUAAUAUGGUAAAAAUGAUGAUAAAUGCAAGGAGUUCAAAAUGCUAUCAUUAACAAACCUAAAUAAGCUGUUGGCAGUUUUAUUUUACCUGUCUUUCAGGCAAUGUAAUUUCAUAAUUGAAGUGAGUUGGUGAAUCCCAAAAUGUCAGAUUUAUUUGACUGAAUUCACAUGUGUUUAUUUUGCUGCUGUUUAAUUGUUGGUUUAAUUUAAUGUUAAAGAUAGUGAUUAAACAUAAAAACUCAUUUCUUUGUCUUAAGAAUUUUAGUCCAUCUUUGUAGCUGUUGUGAUUUCCAAGGAAUUUAAGCAUUUCUUUAGAUGCAAAAAAGGUUUAUUUUAAGAUUUAAUGACUUUGACAUUCACCACUUGUUUCUGGAAGUUUAUUUAAGUUUGAGAUCAGGCUGAGAUGUCAUAACAUAUACAUUUAAGGUUUGGUCUGUGCAUUUGAUAAAUAAGGUCACUGGUUGAUUUGAAACAUGCACAGUUUCAUUAUUAUGCAUGCUAAAGAGUGAAUAUUUUCUUAGAACAUUAACAGAUUUUUUCACAAAUGAUUAGUUAUUUGAAAAUCCCAACUCAUUUGUGGUUGGUCUAAGUACGGGUUAUUAAAUUUACUCUUUUGUUAUGAGAAAAGCAAAGUUUGUAGUUAGUUGUACUUAGGAAGUAACUGACUAUUGACCAGUACCAAAUAAAUAAUU